AUGGCCACAGCAUGUCCUCCCAAGGAGCCUCUUGUGGCUAUUCUGGGAACAACAGGCACUGGGAAAUCAGAUCUUGCGGUGGACUUGGCACUCAGAUUCAACGGCGAAAUUAUCAACGCCGAUGCUAUGCAGAUGUACAAGGGGUUACCGGUCAUCACAAACCAACUUUCGCCCAAGGAACAACGAGGUGUUCCGCAUCAUCUUCUAGCAUCUAUUGACCCUGCAGAACCGACCUGGACUGUUGAAGUCUUUGCGCGCGAAGCUAGUAGGCUCAUUUGCGAGAUUCGAAGUAGAGGAAGGCUUCCCAUUGUAGUGGGUGGCACCCAUUACUACAUCCACGCACUGCUUUUCGAGGAUUACUUAGUGAGUUCCCAAGGCGUUAAUGACGAUAGCUCGCAGCAUCGUUCCCCGGAAGAAAACAUAGUUCAAUUCCCAAUCUUGGACGGGCCGACUGAUUUGAUUUUGGAACGUCUUCGAGAGGUGGAUCCUGACAUGGCAGAUCGGUGGCAUCCUGACGAUCGGCGCAAGAUCCAACGGUCCCUCGAGAUAUUUCUCACCACUGGGAAACGGGCAUCGGACAUAUAUGCUCAACAAAAACAGGCUAAAUCACUCUCUGGCUCAGCAAGUGGUCCUUGGCAAUCCCUAAUGUUCUGGGUUUACACAGAUCCCGAUGUAUUGAGACAGCGACUUGAUAAGAGGGUCGAUAACAUGUGCGAAAGUGGGCUCUUAGAUGAGGUGAGAAUCUUGCACGAAAGCCGACGAUUACGAUCUGAGCAGGGUGAUCCCGUAAAUGUGACCCGUGGAAUAUGGCAAUCCAUCGGGUACAAACAGAUGGAACCCUUUCUCGAAGCCGAAAAAGACGGGUCAACCCCAACUAAGAUAAACCAGCUGAAAGCAGUCGGCCUUGAAGAAAUGAAAAUUGCGACGAGACAGUAUGCUAGAAAUCAGUUGAGAUGGAUCCGGACGAAGUCUAUUCCGGCAUUCAAAGACCACGAAGCAAUGGAUUACUUGUUCUUAUUGAACAGUUCUCAUGCUCAUAACUUCUCGGCUGACGUCCUUGAGUCAGCAGCUAGGAUAUGCUCCGGGUUCCUUCACGGCCAAACUCUGGCUAAGCCGACGGAAAUAUCCAGCACGGCGAAGGAAGUUUUGACAGCUUUUGAGAGCAGGCCAUCGUCAGUGACGAUGAAAGUUAAAACUUGCGAACUUUGCAGUAUGACUCUUCAGUCCGAUGAUCAGUGGCAGAAGCAUGUCAAUGGGCGGAAACAUCGUCGUGCUCUCCAGGGGAAGAAGAGAACUGCCUUGAUAUGCCUUGACCAGGAAGAGAAAUGCCAAGUGAAGCAAUUGGGGAAAUUGUCUGCACUCGAAACAAACUCGAAUGACGAUGCUACUAUGAAUAUGGUUGAGAGCGAAGAAAAAGCUAUCCAUACAACAUAA